AUGGGCUCCCACCAGCAGAAGGGCGACGGCCAGGGGAUGUCUGAGCAGUCCGGAGGCAGCGGAGGAUACCAGAGCCAGGGAUCGUCCUGCCACGGAGGAGGAGGCGGCUGCUGCGGCGGCGGCGGCGGCAGCGGUGGCGGUGGCGGAUCAGCCCAGAAGAUCAUUAUCAGCUCUGGCGGCGGAGGAGGAGGAGGAGGAGGUGGAUCCUCUGGGUGCUGCGGUGGAGGAUCCGGUGGUGGAUCCUCAAAGAGCAUGAUGGGAGGUGGAGGUUCUUCUGGAUGCUGCGGUGGAGGUUCCAGUGGUGGAUCUUCAAAGAGCAUGAUGGGAGGUGGAGGUGGAUCCUCUGGAUGCUGCGGUGGAGGAUCCGGCGGCGGAUCCUCAAAGAGCAUGAUGGGAGGUGGAGGCGGAUCCUCUGGAUGCUGCGGAGGAGGAUCCGGUGGUGGAUCUUCAAAGAGCAUGAUGGGAGGUGGAGGUGGAGGUUCUUCUGGAUGCUGCGGUGGAGGUUCCAGUGGUGGAUCUUCAAAGAGCAUGAUGGGAGGCGGAGGAGGAGGAGGUGGAUCCUCUGGGUGCUGCGGUGGAGGAUCUGGCGGCGGAUCCUCAAAGAGCAUGAUGGGAGGUGGUGGUGGUGGUGGUGGUGGAUCCUCUGGAUGCUGCGGAGGAGGAUCCGGUGGUGGAUCCUCAAAGAGCAUGAUGGGUGGUGGAGGUGGUGGUGGAUCCUCUGGAUGCUGCGGUGGAGGUUCCAGUGGUGGAUCUUCUGGGAUGAAGAUCAUAAUGGGAGGUGGAGGUGGUGGUGGUGGUGGAGGUUCUUCUGGAUGCUGCGGUGGAGGAUCCGGUGGUGGAUCCUCAAAGAGCAUGAUGGGAGGUGGAGGUGGAUCCUCUGGAUGCUGUGGUGGAGGUUCCAGUGGUGGAUCUUCAAAGAGCAUGAUGGGAGGUGGAGGUGGAUCCUCUGGAUGCUGUGGUGGAGGUUCCAGUGGUGGAUCUUCAAAGAGCAUGAUGGGAGGCGGUGGUGGUGGUGGAGGCGGAUCCUCUGGAUGCUGCGGAGGAGGAUCCGGUGGUGGAUCCUCAAAGAGCAUGAUGGGAGGUGGAGGUGGAGGUGGUGGUGGAUCCUCUGGAUGCUGCGGUGGAGGAUCCGGUGGUGGCAGUGGGGGAUCAGCCCAGAAGAUCAUCAUCAGCUCUGGCGGCGGAGGAGGAGGAGGAGGCUCCUCCGGGUGCUGCGGUGGCGGAUCCGGCGGCGGAUCCUCAGGAGGGAAAAUCAUCAUGGGAGGGGGAGGCGGUGGCGGAUCCUCCGGGUGCUGCGGUGGCGGAUCCGGCGGCGGCGGCGGCUCCUCGGGCCAGACCAUCAUCAUCAGCUCUGGAGGCGGCGGCGGGGGCUCGUCCCAGCAGAAAUGUCCCAUGGUCAUCCCCAGCGUGGUGUCCCACCAGACCAAGCAGAGCUCCCACUGGCCCUGCCAGCAGAAGUAA